AUAAGUACAGUGCCUUUAAAGAUCCGGAUCCACUUUUGAUGUUACUUGGAUAAUAUAAAAAGCUUUUUACACUUAUGUAAAUACGGACUAAUUCGGCUAUCACAAGUAUCUUCUGCGAUUCUCUGACAAAUUUGGAUAUUUUCAUUGUGAGAUUUUCUAUGGAUGACCCAUCAAUUAAAAAGCGAUUGAUCGAUGUUGGUAACGACGACCAUGAGUACGAUGAGGUCGAAGAGCUACCAGAGGAACCAAAAUCAAGUCAGGUAUUGCAGUCAACGUCAACGUCACAAAAUAGUAUCAACAUUGGAGACAAUACUGUCACAGCAUCAAGCCACAUUUCUGACGUUGGCGGCAUAAGAGCCGAGGACUUGCCGCCAGAGUUGCCACCUCCAAAGCAGAAAUCUGUAAAGAAUUCAAAGAACAAGCAAAAGCAGAAAACGGCAGCCAAUAAAUCAAAAAUACCCCGAUCACCAUCUUUGGCGAGCAGCUUGAGCAGUUUGGCCAGCAGCUUUAGUGGCAGUCACGGCAAUAAUAAUAAUAACAAUAAUAACGUUCCACCACAAACGCCUCCGUUGCCAACCAGUUAUCAACAGCAGAAUAAAAAUAAAGCGAAACUUAUGAAUGGUGCGGAAAACAAUGGCGGUGCAAGUGCUACGCCAGUGGCUGCACCCGUCACACCCGUAAAAUCAAAUAAUGCAUUGCAAGAUUGCAAAAGCACUAUGGGAAUAGGAAGUAAUGUCCAAUUAAGUCAAGUAUUUACCACUGAUGGCGGCGAUAGUGGCACUAGCUUGGAGGCAAGCCCCUGUUCAUCUGGAGCACCCCGUCCUCAGGUACAAAUAACUCCGAUCGUCCAAGCGACAAAAUCAUCAACUCCAAACCCAGCAUCACCAAAAAAUUUUCAGUAUUUAACAUUAACGGUUCGUAAGGAUGAAAAUGGCUAUGGCAUGAAGGUCUCUGGGGACAAUCCGGUUUUUGUGGAAAGCGUUAAGCCCGGCGGAGCAGCACAAAUUGCAGGAUUAGUGGCUGGAGAUAUGAUUUUAAAGGUAAAUGGACAAGAAGUGCGGCUGGAAAAGCACCCAACUGUAGUGAGUUUAAUCAAAGCUUCCACAAUUGUUGAGCUGGCUGUUAAGCGCAGCCAGAAGGUGGCCAGGCCCACCUCAGUGGGCAUUGUUCCGACAACACCCGUACUCUCAGGACGCGAUCGCACAGCAUCAAUUACUGGUCCUCAACCUGUUGACAGUAUCAAACGGCGAGAGAUGGAAUCGUACAAGAUACAAACCCUACAAAAAAUGUUAGAGCAAGAAAAAUUGAAUUUGGAGCGCCUUAAAGGUGAUACACAUAAUCCCAGCUAUAAACUGUCGGAGGCAAACAUUCGAAAGCUUCGCGAGCAAUUACGGCAGGUGGGAGCUGAGGAUACGCCAACAAUUAAAUGUCAAGCAGCUGCAAGCGACAAAAAUACUGAGUUACUAAUGCACAAUCAAAUUCAAAAUUUGUCUGCCGUCACCACUCCUCAUCACAAUCAGCAUCAUCAUCUUUCCAACAACAACAACAAUCAUCACAGGCAACAGGCUAGCACACCACAGUCGCAAUCAGCACAACACUCAUCACCCGCAUUCCUUUCGCUACUGCCACGUUCUCUUUCGUCUCUUUCGCUGGGCACGCGAAAGAAUAAGAUUGACAAAGAUUUGCUAACCUCGACAUUACAUAAUACUACGGACAUCGUACCACAUCAGCGAACACCUGAUGCUUUUAAUCCAAUGUCGCAGUCCCUAUAUCAUCACAUUCAUACGAACAUGGCAAACAUGCAACCAAAUACGCAGCGUAGUUUACAACAGCAGUAUGUGUACCAGCAGCAGCAGCGCUUUAAGGAAACUUUGAAAUCGACGUCGGCAACAAAAGGUAAAAAUAAGUUUACAAUAUCAAAGAGUUUGAUCGAAGAAGACAUACCGCCACCCCUACCACAAAGAAAUCCAACACGACAACUAGCCUUGGAUUUGGGCAAAGCAAACAAUAUACAUCUGUUUUCUCCGGUUUCCGACUUGGAUCGUGCAGGUAGUCCACAACGCAAUUCCCCACAGUCAUUGGCAAAUGCUAGCAAUAGCAGUGGCUCUCCAUUUAACAACAAUAAUAGUAACAGCAAUGUCAAGACAAAGCGAUCAAAAGUGAAGACUAAAGCUUUAUCGGAUCCAAAAAUGACAACGCAAAUGUUUUUGCAAAUGGAAACCACCUGUCGGUCCGUUGCAACUGAAGACAUGGUCCAUAGUAGCAGCUUCGAUGUAGAUUGUGUUCCACCGCCACUGCCACCACGGCAGCCUGGCAUGCUGUCGGAGGAAGUAAAUCGUGGAAGCUGCCAUAACCUUAAUAAUGGACGUCCACAACCAAAUUCUCUAUGUACUGUUUAUAAUUACCCACUUGUCUCGACAUGUACGGCAGUUCAAAGCGACAAUAUUAAAGCUGCAUUUCCAUUAUCGCAACGCCCUAACAUAGUUAAACAAUUGCAGCAGCACCAACAACACCAGCCACUCAGCGGUGUGCCCACUGCAGUCCUUGGUCAAACACCCCAAUUAAAUCAAAUGAAACAUCGACGCGUUGGAUCUUCCCCGGACAACAUGCAUCCAAGACACCCGGAUAGAUUAGUGAAAACCACCUCCGGCUCUUGGGAGAUUGUUGAGAAAGAUACAGAGGUGACGCCACCAGGUACUCCGCCGCCGCCUUAUUUAACAAGCUCGCAUAUGCCCGUACCUGAAGAUCCUAAUGAGAACUGCAGUGGUGGCGCGGGAAUCUUUAUAGAAUCACAUCACUUUACGCCUAUGGCUUGUGCAACGUCACCCUCGCAGCAGCCAUUACAUUCCAACCGUAUACAGGCGUCUCAAUCAACUGACACUCAAAAGGAAAUUAUUUCCAUGGAAGAUGAGAACUCCUCCGAUCAAGAAGAACCAUUUAUUGAUGAAAAUGGACCAUUCAACAAUUUAACACGCUUGCUUGAGUCCGAAAAUGUUGUAUUUCUAGCUGUUUUCCUUAAUUACGUUUUAUCAAACUCUGAACCAGCGCCACUUCUUUUUUAUCUAAUAACUGAAUUAUACAAAGAAGGUACCUCCAAGGACAUGCGGAAAUGGGCCUAUGAAAUACACUCAACUUUCCUAGUGCCGCGUGCCCCUCUAUCUUGGUAUCGGCAAGACGAGUCUUUAGCGAGGGAGGUGGACAAUGUGUUACAGCUAGAGUUUGACAAAGUGGAAAUUUUGCGAACUGUAUUCUUACGCAGUCGCAAACGCGCCAAGGAUCUUAUCAGUGAGCAGUUGCGGGAAUUUCAGCAGAAACGGACUGCUGGCCUGGGUACCAUAUAUGGCCCCACCGACGACAAGCUCGCUGAAGCUAAGGCAGACAAGCAAAGAGAGCAAAUCAUUGACAAAUAUCUAAUGCCCAAUCUGCAAUUGUUGAUUGAGGAAGUUGAAAAGGAUUUACCACAGGAAGAUGCUCGCAGACUAGCCUUAUGUUCUGCACUUUCAACGGUGAUACACCGCAUAUUUACUACUCGUUCGCACCCAAACAGUAUUGUGGAUCGUGUGCAUCAUUUUGUUAGCCGUGAAAAGAGUUUUAAGUCUCGCUUGAUGGGUAAAAAUCGAAAGAUGAUUGUACGUGGUCAUCCAUUAGUAUUACGCCAAUACUACGAAGUAACACAUUGUAAUCAUUGUCAAACGAUUAUAUGGGGUGUGAGCCCUCAAGGCUAUCAUUGCACAGAUUGCAAAUUAAACAUUCAUCGUCCGUGCUCGAAAGUCUUGGACGAAAGCUGCCCGGGACCACUUCCUCAAGCAAAACGACACCCACACAACGACAAUAAAAUUAGUAAAUUUAUGGGUAAAAUACGACCCAGGACGAGCGAUUUUAUAGCAAAUGAAAAGCGCGCUCGCCAGGAUGAGGAAAUGGAAACUGAGUUGAGCAACGAUCGUGUGCAAUCAUCGCCGAUAGUUCGUCAACCGUCGGAUCGCAGGCUAGAUGCUAACAUAUCUUUUCGCUCCAAUGGGAAUACAUCCAUUAAUUCCUCUGUGCUUAAUAAUAGUGAUUUGCAGACUUCUUUUAACGCUGUCAGCAAUGCCAACGAAAAUACUACUGGCAGUGGUAGUUUCGCGGGUGUUGCAGACCUUACAACGAGUUCAGGAUCAGCGACCUUAUCUAAUAGCUUGACAGGUGGCAUCGGUAUGAAUUCUACAACCGAUUUAAAUGCAUCGGAAUCAACAGAAAGUAAGGAUGCCAGGAGAGAAUCCUUUCACCCACAACACAAAAGCGCACCAGUUUCUGUUAACCGAUCCGAGUCAUAUAAGGAACGCUUAUCAAGCAAGCGGAGCCGUAAUAGCCGUCGAAAAACUUCGGACCCCAGCUUAUCGUCGCGUGCUACUGACGAGCAACCGGACGUGGGCAUCUCAACUCCCAAAUAUACGGGAGGAUCAAAUUCUAGUCUCUCUUCUGGAGGUGACUCUGAUAGUCCAAGCAUCUCAAUGGAACAAGUUACCGGCGGUAUUGCCGGUGCAACCGCUGGUAUCAACGCCAUAUCCAGUGCAUCUAAUUUGCAUCAGCAUCCACAUCCACAUCUACUAAUACAGCAGCACGCAAGUCAGCACAGCCAGCAGGAUUCGUUUCAAGGUAGCGUGGGAAGUGGCAGCAGUGCUAGCAACACAAGCUUCUGGAAUGCCCACCAGCCAUUGCAGCGCCCAUGGAAUAUCGAUAGCGACGAUGAGGACGAUUUCAACGAAGCCGAUUGGAGUUCACUUGUUGCAGUUGAGAUGCUUUCAGCGCUAUCAGAUGCUGAGAAGAAGCGGCAGGAAAUAAUUAAUGAAAUCUUUCAAACAGAACGUAACCACGUUCGCACUCUGAGAUUGUUGGAUCGUUUGUUCUUUUUGCCGCUGUACGAUAGUGCUUUGCUUUCCCAAGACCAUUUACUGAUAUUAUUCCCACCCGCACUGCUAUCCCUGCGAGAGCUUCAUGGCGCUUUCGAACAAAAGUUAAAGCAACGUCGAGUGGAACACAAUCACGUUGUAAAACACAUUGGUGAUUUGCUGACGGAUAUGUUUGAUGGUCAAUCGGGUGAGGUGCUUUGCGAACAUGCUGCUCAGUUUUGCGCUCGUCAGCAAAUAGCACUUGAAGCAUUGAAAGAAAAGCGACAUAAGGAUGAGCAGUUACAGAAACUGCUUAAAAAAUCUGAGUCACAUAAGGCUUGUCGUCGACUAGAACUUAAGGAUUUAUUGCCCACGGUAUUACAGCGGCUGACUAAAUACCCUCUAUUAUUCGAGAAUCUUUAUAAGGUCACUGUUCGAGUGCUACCCGAAAAUACUACUGAAGCAGACUCCAUCCAGCGCGCCGUGGAGUCAUCGAAAAAGAUUCUCGUCGAAGUAAAUAAGGCUGUGAAGACAGCCGAGGACGCUCACAAGCUGCAAAACAUUCAGCGCAAAUUAGACAAAUCUUCAUAUGAUAAGGACGAGUUUAAAAAACUAGAUCUUACGCAACAUCAUCUUGUACACGAUGGCAACUUAACAAUGAAGAAGAAUCCUAGUAUACAGCUUCAUGGAUUACUCUUUGAAAAUAUGAUUGUUUUGCUUACAAAACAGGACGACAAAUAUUUGCUAAAGAAUCUUCAUACGCCACUAGCAGUCAGCAAUAAGCCUGUUAGUCCGAUUAUGAAUAUUGAUUCAGAGACUUUAGUUCGUCAGGAAGCAGCUGACAAGAACUCGUUCUUUUUAAUCAAGACAAAGACUUCACAAAUGCUUGAACUGCGUGCUCCCAGCAGUUCUGAGUGCAAAACAUGGUUUAAGUACAUAUCAGACGCUGCUGCGCAACAGCAUAAGGCGAGAUCUAAAAGUUCCAAUAGUCAAGAUGUGCCCGGCGAUGAUACGGUUGUCGUCAUAGCAUCACAAACCCCCAGGGAGUCAGUGGAACAAACACCAGACCGCUCGCAUCCAACAAGCGCCACUGCAACCGUUACCACAACACCUCUGGCACCGCUGCUCCCGAUAGCUACAGUCACACCAGCACCAACUGCUAGCCAGAACUAUGACAAUGAUAAUUGCCGCCGUGAAAGUGCAAACAAUGACAAUGCCGGCUAUUAUAAUGUAUUAGCUAAGCGACGGCUUAGCCAUAACGAUACAGGCACAUCAAUAAGUCGCACCAUGUCCACUCGCAGUUGCGGCGAGGCCAACAACAAUUAUCCGACCGGACUUGGACAGGAUUUAAAUGCUGUAGCGCUGCGUCACACACAAUCCGCACGUGAACCAAACAGCGAAGAUCGCGCAAUGAACUACGGUUUAGUAGGUGGGCCGUCAAAGCGUGACAGUGCGAGCAUCGUCUGCUCUAACAAUUCGAACAAUACGCGUACAUUACUCAUGCAGUCACCGCUUGUUGAGCCAACAGCAAUUCAAAUAAGCAUUAACCCGGCGCACACCGCUCAGCCAGUGCUUACGCCUGGGGAGCGAUUGCGUCGCCUAGAUGCGUCUAUUCGCGACGGAUUACUGGAGAAGCAAAGAAUAAUUUGUGAUAUAUUUCGCAUGCCAGUGGAGCAUUUUAACGAGAUUGUUGACAUUGCUAUGAUGCCUGAAGCACCCAAAGAUUGCGCUGAUAUUGCGUUAGCUGCCUAUGAUCAAGUGCAGGUGUUGACAAAAAUCUUAAAUGAUUACAUGCAUGUAUCACCGGAAAUGGAGAUUUCGGCCGUAUCAACGGCUGUGUGUGACCAUUGUCAUGAGAAGGAGAAUCUUAAAAAAGUCUCGAUACAAUCUCCGCCGCCGUUGCCGCCACCAAAUAAACAACAAGCACAGGCUCAACAGCAAACACCACACUUGAAGAGAAUGCCAACACUGAAAGCACAUGAUGUUGAGGAAGUCGCCAUACAUGAAGAUGAUGAUGGAUAUUGUGAAAUCGAUGAGUUGCGUUUGCCUGCAAUUUCAGCAAAGUCACCAGCGUCUACACCGUUGGCGCCGUUUAAAUUUUCAAGUGUGUCAGCCACAGAAAAUAAUUUGACACUGGCUCAGGGAGACGACAAUAAUAUUGAUAUAGCCAAGCGACAGUGCAACGUUAAUGUCGAAAGCAUUCCUGAGAAACCCGUCGAUGAGCUGCUUAUCAGCUCAGACUCUAGCGCAAAGAAAUCGGAGCUUGUAGCAAUACCAAUUGAAGAUGUGAGCGUCAAACAAGAAACUGAAAUAUAUCACACAGAGAUAUCUGAAUCCACCGAUAAAAAAGAAAAAGUUGAAAAAGACUACCGCACCGUCGAUUUUCCGCAAAGUGUAGUAGAAUCUGAAGAUAAAAGUGAUCGCAUUGAAAUCAAUGAUGUAUAUGAUAAUUUGGCUGCACUUAAUAAAGCGCAUACAACAUUAUCAUUGAUUAACAACUCCACAAAAAUGGCACAGCCCAUGAUCGUCACUGCGAAGGAUGAAGUUUUAAGCUCAACGUCCACUUUCGGAUCAGGGAAAUCAUGUGGACUCAAUCGCAUACAGCACGCCUAUUCUUUAGAGCCGAGCGUUCCCUGUCAUGCUCUCAGUACCAUUGUAAGUGUGUUGAAUGAGCAAAUUUCGCUUCUUUUGCCCAAAAUCAAUGAACGCGAUAUUGAGCGCGAGCGUUUGCGCAAAGAAAACCAACACUUGCGUGAACUUUUGAGCGCAAUGCAUGAACGUCAGCGAGUUGAUGCAACAAAGGAAACUCCAACCGAUAUCCUGACUAUUCUGCAAGCAGCUGACGCAGAAUUUGAAGAUGAUAUUGAUGCUAUUUCCAAUACAUCCCUUACACCGACACCCACGCCGAUACCUUCAGCUCCAACUAGUGACAGUGACGUAGACUUGCAAGAUCAGCCAUCAUCUACUGGUUCUGAUACACUAGAAACAAUAAGCACUGAACGAAAUAUUGACCGCGAGCUGCCAAUCGUACCCGGUUCGCACAUGCUUCCGGAAGCACUCUCAUUUAUAGAGCAGGAAGAGCGCAAAGAAAAUAGGAUCGAAAAUAAUUAACGGCACGAGGUAUCCAUGCUUAUCUAGCGCAAACCAUUCCGCAAUCUUUUUAGAGAAGAAUAUGCCUUGGGCUCAUAUUAUUGUGACUGCCCCCAUUCAAUGUAUUAAGAAAAAUAUAAAAUAGACUAGAAGUUCUUUGAUGCAUGUAUAAACAUAAAUCUUAACGUUCAGUUGUUUUGUUGUUUGUUUAGCAACGACAUUGUCCAAUUGAAUUGGCAGUGUCGGUGGCAAUAUAAAAACAUAAAAACAUCCAACUACUUAAUAAAGCUAGAUUUGCUUUAAAAAGUUGUUAGCUGUACUGGCUUAAGGGUGAAAAUUUGCUUGAUUUAUAAUACGUAUGUAUAUUCCAUUUAGUGACAUUAAAUAAUUCAAUACAAGUUGAUGUUCAUAAAUUUUCGAUAUAAACAAUAAUUGUAUAUAAUAUAUUAUCUAUAUAAUUAAUGUAAAAUAAAAAUGAAUGGCAUUAUAUGAAAUGUUCGAUACAUUUAUACGCCUAUUGUAUGACAUGAAACUUACUCA